AUGGAGGCUAGAGUUCGUGUUAUCGGUAGGCGCAAGCAGAAAGAAGGCUUGGGAUUUUCAGCGUGUGUGGUUUUGGUAACUGAAGAGUGUCUGAAGCAGAAGAAGAACAAGAAGAAAAAGGAAUCGGCGGUUUUCAACUCACGAUCGCGUCUAAAACUUAGAUUCCGAUCGUUGCUGUGCUUGUUCGAUUCCUUGUGGUUUUUCAGAGGCAUUUUCUUAGCUGUAUGA